UUUUAGGUUAUGUUUUUCUUGUACCAAGGAAGCUCCGUAAAUUACAGUUUAAAUAAUAUUAUAAUAGUAAUUAAAUAAAAUUGAGCGAAAACAUGCUUGUUGCAAUCAGAAAUAGCCUUCGGGCUCCUAUAAACAGUUUUACGCGGAUGUUACAAACGUCCGCACCUGUGGCCUCCGAGAAAUUUGACCAUAAAAGGAUCCCACUGGACGAUGAAGGAGUACAGGGGGAGAAGGUCGUAGAUUUAGAUAAUGUAUUAAAAUUAAAACAAAAUAUCUUCCCUACAGCUGAUUCAGACAACUUACUGUUUGACGGUACACCAUACAAGAACCUGCCCAUCUGCAAUAUUCGCGUUAGCCACAACAAUACUAUAUUCACUCUUACCGAUUACACCGGUGUUGUAAAAAUCAUUAAGUCCUGUGGAAUAGAAGGCUUCAAGAAUACUAAGAAAGGAACCAACAUUGCUGCACAAACUACUGCUAUCAGUUUGGCUACUAAAGCAAUUGAUAGAGGCAUCAAAACUGUGAGAGUGAGAAUGAAGGGACUGGGACCUGGCAGAUUGUCAGCUGUGAAAGGUCUUCAAAUGGGAGGAUUAGAUAUAGUAUCGGUCACAGACAACACUCCAGUGUCAUGGAAUCCACCACGUCCAAGGAAAGCUAGGAGACUGUAAAUUGUAGUCCUAUAUAUAUUAUUUAAUAUAAAAAAUUGUAAUGCUGUAGUAAAUAAACAAGUUUUAAAAAAUA